GUGAGCAUAUCAAAUGCCAUAUCUAAAUCCUCCCCUUAACAAUUUUGGGAAGCUCCCUAAAGCUCUCUGUGUAGACGCAACCAAUUGUCCUUAGUUUCCCUUCGCGUCCAAUUCGUGUUCCGCAGGGGCCAUUCGGGAACUCUCCGGGGGCUCUCUGUCAGCGUGGCUCCAGCCUGAAUCUCCUUCCCCGCGAGAGGAGGGACAAGGGCGGAGCAAGCAGAAGGACGCGCAGUGGCUGAACCGCGGCAAGGGAGAGGAGAGAACGGCGUGCCGCGCAGUCGGUGGCUCGGAAACGAGUGGGAAGCGGCUCCUCUCGUUCAGCGGCCGCACCGGGCGUCUCUCCCCCCCCCCCUCCCGCCCUGUAAAGUGAGCUGCGGGCCGUGGCCCACCCGGGACCCUCUGGAGAUGAACCUGCAAGAGCUGAGCCGGGAGCUGUCCUUGUGUCUGGCGAGACAGGUGCCGGAGGGGCUGUGGGGUUCCGGCGUAGGCUGGUCCCUGGUGCUGUGCUUCGGCGUCGCUUAUGCCUGUUACUAUCUCAGCAGCAUUGCCAAGAAACCUGAGCUGGUGACCUGCAGUAAGAGCUUCCACCAUUUUCUACAAGACCAUUGCCCUGUAGUGACAGAAACCUACUAUCCCACUGUGUGGUGCUGGGAGGGUCGUGUGCAGACUCUCCUGCGUCCUUUAAUCACAUCUCGGCCAUAUGUGCAAUACAGAAAUGAACUUAUUAAAGCAACAGAUGGAGGACAGAUUUCCCUGGAUUGGUUUGAUAAUAAUGACAGCAUGUGUUACCCAGAUUCCAGCACUCGACCUACUAUCCUGCUGUUGCCUGGCCUCACAGGAUCAAGCAGGGAAUCCUACAUUCUUCAUAUGAUUCAGCAAAGCAAAGAACUGGGCUACAGGUGUGUGGUUUUUAACUAUCGAGGAACUGCUGGUGAAAAUCUCUUGACACCAAGGACAUAUUGUGCUUCUAAUACAGAGGAUUUGGAAGCUGUUAUUCAUCAUAUACACAGUUUGUACUCCUCAGCCUCAUUUAUGGCAGCAGGUGUUUCUAUGGGAGGCAUGCUUCUUGUAAACUAUUUGGGCAAAGUUGAUACCAAAACACCACUGAAGGCAGCUGCAGUAUUUUCAGCAGGAUGGAAUGUUUUUGAUUCUAUAGACUCAUUGGAAAAACCUGUGAACUGGCUUCUCUUUAAUUAUUAUUUAACCAGCUGUCUACAAUCUUCUGUUAUUAGACAUCAGGAAAUGUUUGGAAAGCUGUGUAAUAUAAAUCUUGUCUUGAAGGCUAAGAGCAUCAGGGAGUUUGAUAAACAAUUCACUUCAGUCAUUUUUGGCUAUUCUACGGUUGAUGAUUACUAUGCAGAUGCUAGUCCAUUUCGUAGACUGGAGACAGUUGGAAUUCCAGUGUUGUGUUUAAAUUCUAUGGACGAUGUUUUCUCACCCAGUCAUGCUAUACCAGUAGAAAUGGCAAAAAAAAAUCCAAACGUGGCUUUGGUCCUUACUUCUUGUGGAGGCCAUAUUGGUUUUCUGGAAGGAUUGUGGCCAAGAAAAUGCACGUACAUGGACAGAAUCUUCAAGCAGUUUGUUGAAGCUGUGUUUGAGCAUGGAAGCAAAAUCCUUAAUAUGUAGCAACUUAGCAGGACCACGAUUGCAGCACAGCAGCAUUUUAUGAACAGGGUGAUUAAACUUACUGCACAUGAGUUAGCAAUAAGACAACAAAUAGAUGAUGUCCAUGAUUAGGAGCAAAAAGCAUAAUUUUGUUUAGAUACUUUGCAGUAAUAUUACUUUUUGUUUUAAUAUACCUUGUACAUAUAACCUUAAAUCAAAAGAGCACUUUACUCACAUGAAAUGGCGCGUAACCAAAAACCAUUAAGCAAACAGAUAGUCUCAGGUUUGUAAAAAUUUUAAAGAUUUUUUCUAUAUACGAAUAUUUGUUCUGAUGACUUGUUCAUGUGCACUUAACAUUACAAAAGGCAACUCCAUUGUAACUCACAAAUGGGUUUCCUUUGGAGGGAUUUAAUGGAGGAAAUGCAAUAUAAACUUUAAAAAGUAAUAUAAAUAGUGGUUCAAAGCCAUUUUUAACUUUAAUCAUGUACUGCACUAGUACUGCUGAUUAUACUUAUUAUUUCUCUACGAUGAUUACAUUUACAGCAUUGUUAUUUUUUUGUCUAAGCCAUGUAUGUCUUACUUUUUUAACAUUGGUGCUUUUAUUUCUGCCAGCUGUUUUAUGUUGAAACACUGAAGGGAAAUAAACUACAUUUUUAAAGCAA